AUGGGUGUUGAGACACGUCGUACGGCCGCUGGAGGACGACACAAGAAGUCUACUCCUCCUAUUUUUAGCCAUGAAUUUGUCAUACAAAAUCAUGGUGACAUAAUGAGCUGCGUUCUUAUGGUCUUCAUCGUCGGACUCAUGUUUCCGCUCACAGCCUCUAUGUGUUCGGUAUUCGUUGCUCCACAAUACAAUGAAACCGUAAAUGUAACCUCGGAACUUGGGCCCAUGAGUCUGACUCUGUACCGAAAUGGUCCAGCUGACGUUCUCACCAUCCUCUUCUAUGCUGUUGCUUGGAUAGUUGUGCAUGCUGUUAUUCAGGAAUAUAUCCUAGACAAGCUGCAAAGAAGGGCUCGGCUAUCCAAAGUCAAAACCUUCAAAUUCACUGAAUCCGGACACAUGUCCCUAUUUGCAUUAUACUCCGCUUGUCAUGCAGCUUACGUCAUUACAGAUUUCAUGCAAAACUAUACUGAUGUGAAAAGGAUCUGGCUGGGCUAUCCUGAGGAGCAUAGGUGGAUGAAUCUCAAUAUGAAGAUUUUCGCUAUUUUACAAAUAUCUUACUGGGUCCAUCAAUUUCCGGAGUUUUACUUUCAAAAAAUGAAAUCAGACGAAAUGCGGCAGAGGACAAUUCUUUCGUUGUUACAUAUAUGUUUCAUUGGAGCUGCUUACAUCAUGAAUUUUAUGCGAUUCGCCGUUGUACUUCUGGCUCUUGAGUAUGCCUCGCAGACGAUUUUUCAUUUUUCGCGCCUCAUUCAUUUCCUCGAGAAAAAAGAGAUUGCCAAGAAUGGGUUUACUCUAUGGAACAUCGUUUUUCUUGUAGUUCGUUUGGCGUCAUCCGUAUUGACGGUCAUGACAUUCUGGUAUGGUUUGCGCCAGUCAGAGACGGCUUACAUAGAUAUAGCCAGCGGUAAUUACAACACAACUUACGUUCGUCUGAACUGUCUGCUAGCUGUUCUAUCCUUGCAGUUGUUCCAGCUGUGGAACUUCACUAGCUUCCAUGUCGGACGAUUCAAGGAGAGCGCCAGCCGUAAGACGAAGUCGGACACUAAGCGGCUUGCACCUCAGCCAAAGGGGAAAAAGACCAAGUCUGAGGAAUCCGUUUCUGAGAACGAGCAGAGUGAGGAAGCUGAUGGAAAUGUCAAAAAGGGUAAAAAGAAGACCAACUGAUUCAUCUUUAUCCCAUAAUCGAGAUAUUUGCUAAGACAUUGAAAUCUGAUUUAUCGUUUCAUGCAUGCUUUCGUUUUUGUAACUUAUUGUUGACUUCACUGUUUCAGUCUGUUGUACCUGUUUGUUAUCUGGUGGGUAGAAUCAUUCUCCUGAUCAAUUGUGAUAAUUAUCAUAAUCGCAUGUUUUGAGUGGAUCUAUUGAGUCUGGGAGUUCUGGGAGUUCUGAUCUAACCAUGUAGCUCUCCACUCACCACUUCAUCUUCUUUUUAGGCUUUAGACUCUCGAUGUCCCUGUACUAGUACUACAUGAACUGUCAUACGCAUUCGUUAACCUUGUUCACGGGAUUCAUAAAGGUUGCGCGACUUUUUACUACAUAGCAUUAGAAAUCUCUUGCUUUCAUACUUGUGUUAUCAACUGGUGUUCUCAUGUAAUUGUUUUAUUUAUUUAUUAUUGUCGAGCAUUCUAAUAAAACAUGAUCUUCUGGGAUC